UGCAGUUGUGACCAGGGGCGGACUGACCAUUGGGGAACUCAGGCACUGCCCGAGGGCCCAGGAUCAGUAAAGGGCCCCAUGAGAUGCCCCUGGUACCUUUCACAGGCUUUUUUUGGGUGUGGUUUGAGUGUGGGUGAGGACACAGGGGCCCCAUGAUCCCGUAUUGCCCGGGGGCCCAUGAGUUGUCAGUCCGCCCCUGGUUGGCAGUGCCCGAGUGCUCAAAUGGUCAGUCCGCCCCUGCACCCAGGUGAAUGAUAAAGCUGUGUGUCA